ACACGCACACACACGCACACACUCAGCAGCGUCUUCGUUAGCGGACAGAUAUCCAGGAACCAUGCCCGAGAGGAGGCCCUUCGUACGGUUACCAACUGACGUCUACCCCGUCAACUACGGCUUGUGUCUGAAGCCCGACCUGAUCGACUUCACCUUCGAGGGGCGGCUGGAGGCGCUGGUGGAGGUUACACAAGCCACAAAUCAGAUUGUGAUGAACUGUGCUGACAUCGACAUCAUCACAGCUUCCUUUGUACCUCAGGGAGGAGAAGAAAUCAAUGCGACGGGAUUCAACUAUCAAAACGAGGAUGAAAAAGUCACCCUAUCAUUUCCUAGCGCUCUACAGAAAGGCUCCGGCAUGUUGAAGAUCGACUUCGUUGGGGAGCUGAAUGACAAAAUGAAAGGAUUCUAUAGAAGUAAAUAUACAACCCCUGCUGGAGACGUCCGCUACGCUGCUGUCACACAGUUUGAGGCUACGGACGCUCGCAGAGCUUUCCCCUGCUGGGACGAGCCAGCUAUCAAAGCCACCUUCGACAUCACUCUGAUAGUUCCCAAGGAGCGAGUAGCCUUGUCAAAUAUGAAUGUCAUUGAUCGAAAGCCAUUUCCAGAGGAUGAAAACCUGGUGGAAGUGAAGUUUGCCACCACACCCAUCAUGUCCACGUACCUUGUAGCUUUUGUCAUUGGUGAAUACGACUAUGUGGAGAGCCAAUCAUCAGACGGUAUAACGGUACGCGUCUACACGCCUGUGGGGAAGGCAGAACAAGGGAAAUUUGCGAUGGAGGUUGCGACUAAGACCUUACCUUUCUACAAAGACUACUUCAAUGUUCCUUAUCCAUUGCCUAAAAUUGAUCUCAUAGCUAUUGCUGAUUUUGCUGCCGGUGCCAUGGAGAACUGGGGCCUUGUUACCUACAGGGAGACGGCGCUGCUAAUCGACCCGAAAAACUCCUGCUCGUCCUCCAGGCAGUGGGUGGCGCUGGUGGUCGGACACGAACUCGCCCACCAGUGGUUUGGCAACUUGGUCACCAUGGAAUGGUGGACCCAUCUGUGGUUAAAUGAAGGAUUCGCGUCCUGGAUUGAGUAUCUGUGUGUGGACCACUGCUUCCCUGAAUACGACAUCUGGACUCAGUUCGUCUCAGCUGAUUACACUCGCGCUCUGGAUCUGGACGCGCUGGACAGCAGCCAUCCCAUAGAGGUGAACGUGGGCCAUCCGUCGGAAGUAGAUGAAAUAUUUGACGCCAUCUCCUACAGCAAAGGAGCGUCUGUGAUCCGCAUGUUACACAACUAUAUUGGAGACGAGGAUUUUAGGAAAGGAAUGAACGCUUAUCUUUUGAAGUUCCAACAUAAAAAUGCAUCGACAGAGGACCUAUGGGACUGUCUGGAACAGGCCAGUGGGAAACCCAUCGCUGCAGUGAUGGGCUCGUGGACCAAGCAGAUGGGCUUCCCUAUUAUUGUGGUGGAACAGGAACAGCAAGGCGACGACCGCAUCCUCAAGUUAUCUCAGAAGAAGUUCUGUGCCAGUGGACCACAUACUGGUGAGGUUUGCCCCAACUGGAUGGUCCCCAUUAGUAUUUGUACCAGCGAGGACCCGACAUGCACCAAGCUCAAGGUUCUGCUGGACAGACCCGAGACGACUGUCACUGUGAGCGGCGUCGCUCCAGACCAGUGGCUCAAGAUCAACCCGGGCACCGUGGGCUUCUAUCGCAUUCAGUACAGCUCAGUCAUGCUGGAGAGUCUGCUGCCGGGCAUCAGAGACCUCAGCCUGCAGCCCGUGGACCGACUCGGCCUCCAGAACGACCUCUUCUCCUUGUCUCGUGCAGGGAUGAUCAGCACAGUCCAGGUGCUGAAGCUGAUGGAAGCAUUCAUCAACGAGCCAAACUACACAGUGUGGAGCGACCUCAGCUGCAACCUGGGAGUUCUGUCGUCGCUGCUUUCCCACACCGACUUCCACGAGGACAUCCAGGAGUUUAUCCGGGACCUCUUCACCCCCAUCGGCCUCGAGCUCGGCUGGGACAGCAAACCAGGAGAAGGUCACCUGGGUGCCCUGUUGAGAGGCCUGGUUCUGGGGAAGCUUGGAAAGGCGGGACACAAACCCACACUGGAGGAGGCCAGACGGAGAUUCAAGGAGCACGUGGAGGGAAGACAGGUCCUGCCUGCAGACCUCAGGAGCCCGGUGUAUCUAACCGUGCUGAAGCACGGGGACAGUGCCACGUUGGACACGAUGCUGAAGCUCCACAAACAGGCUGACAUGCAAGAGGAGAAGAAUCGCAUCGAGCGAGUGCUGGGCGCCAUCUCAGCCCCCGACCUCAUUCAGAAAGUCCUCAGCUUCGCCCUCUCGGAAGAGGUUCGUCCCCAGGACACAGUGUCAGUGAUCGGUGGCGUCGCAGGAAGUAGUAAACAAGGCCGGAAAGCUGCCUGGAAAUUUGUCAAGGACAACUGGGAGGAGCUCUACAAUCGCUACCAGGGCGGCUUCCUCAUAUCACGACUCAUAAAGCUCACGGUCGACGGCUUCGCUAUCGACAAAAUGGCUGCUGAAGUGAAGAGUUUCUUUGAGAGUCACCCGGCGCCGGCGGCUGAGCGUACAGUGCAGCAGUGCUGCGAGAACAUCCUCCUCAACGCCGCCUGGCUGAAGCGCGACACAGACGACAUCCAACAGUAUCUACUGCAGCGCAAAGCCCCCCCCGUCUGAGCCUCCGCCUCUCCGUCGCCUCCUCCUCUAGCCCCCUCUCCCCUCCCUCCAGCGCGGACUUCCCAGCAUCAUAGCUGCCUCUGCCCCACCCCCGUCACCACAGAGCAGAGCGGGAGAGCAGAGCGUUCUUACAGCAGGCUUCAUUUCUCUAAAGAAACUCUAUGAAAUCAACAAGACAAAGCCAAGAAUUUAACAGUGUUGGAAACACGAAGAGACUCUUUUUACGUCAACAAAGCAAAAUCCAUUUUAAACAGACCAGGAAUGUAGUUUUAUCCCCAUUCUGUCCACGAGCAGAUGAGCCGCCAGCGAGUCACGUUAUUAACCCGCAGCUGAGUGAAGUCACAGGAACGGCACCACCCUCGAAAUGAUCGUUAACCCUGCUAACGCUGUCUGCAUCACCUGCCCCGUAUGCACACACCCCCUCCUCCUCCUCCUCCGCAUCAUAGCUGAGAAAACUGUGAACCCCCCCUCUUUCUCCUCACUUUUUUUUUUUUGCUGCUUUGUUUACUUUGUUUUCUCCAAAAACAAAUAAUCUUUCCCUUUUCCGCCCGUCUCCGUUAGUAUCCACACCUUCUCCCUCUCACCCGGGGGCUGUGAUCGGGUGAAGGCAGAGAGCACCUGGACAGAAUGGGGAUAAUAACAGUCGUGUGUGUUGUAGUUUCCAACAGCACUGAUUCUCCAUUGCUAAUAAACGACUAGGACGAGACGAGCAGCGCUAGCAUGGUACUACAUUGUAAACUGUAUAAUGCAAGUUUUUUUUUUGUGGAGAAUGUUCCUUUAAAAGAAUUAAACCGAAAAGUUCAUGAUUA